AUGGCUGAAGAUGACGCUGAGAAGGCCUUUUUCCAGGCUCAGGCAAUGAAUGCGGACUCUGUGGACUUUGAGAAGACUGUUAAGGAGCAGGGUGCAGAUAGCUCAGAUUCAGAUGAUUAUGAUCCUUCAAAGACACUGCAAGAUGAAUAUUCUGCUUCUCAAAGUGAAAACGUUUCAAAUGAUCCUUCUCCCUCUGAUUCCAAUCCUCCCCAACAACAGACUCCUUCCCUCUCAGAACCCAACCCUAGUCAGCAGCCUGGCGGUACUGUCCCAUCCGAGACACCUUCGCGAACCGAGUCCCAGACCCCAGCCUCUGCACCGCAGCCUAAGGCCAGGACAAUCGGCGGAUUCGUGGUUGAGGAUGAGGAUGAGGACGAGGACAAGGGUGAUGGAGACUAUGAACCCCCAGCUGUACUUGGUGUUGAGGAAGACAUGAAUACCCCUCCUGUGAACAUGCCUCAGAAACCUGUUUCAGGAAAUGUGAAUCAAUCUACUUCUACCCCCGAUGUAUCAUUACAGGAAUCUGCCACUUUUCAAAAUGCCCCUAAUAGCUCUUACCCUUCUGUUGCUGCUUCUGCUUCCCAUAAUGGUACGCCUACUGCUGCUGGCCAGAACCUGUACGGCUCACAGGCUUUGCAGUCUGACAGCGUGCAGGCAAGCGCUGCGCCUACUCCUACUCCUGAAUCACCGUCAGCCUCCAAAAGCCGCCUACCGCACGAUCGGGUGGGGAUUUUGGAAGACAGGAUUCAGGAAGACCCGCGAGGCGACAUUCCUGCAUGGCUCGAAUUGAUCAAUGAACAUAGAAGCCGCAGCAGGAUUGACGGCGCUCGCGAAGUGUUUGAACGAUUCUUGAAGGUGUUUCCGUUUGCCGCCGAGCAAUGGGUGGCAUAUGCCAACAUGGAAUCGGACAUUAGCGAGCUAUUCCGCCUCGAGCAAAUAUUCAACAGGACUCUUUUGACCAUUCCUGAUGCCCAACUUUGGUCUGUAUACUUGGAUUACGUUCGUCGACGUAACCCGUUGACCACGGACACAACGGGAAACGCAAGGAAGAUCAUUUCGUCUGCGUACGACCUAGCACUACAAUACGUUGGAAUGGACAAGGAUUCAGGGUCUAUCUGGAGUGACUAUGUCCAAUUCAUACGCUCUGGUCCCGGUAAUGUCGGUGGCCCGGGAUGGCAGGACCAGCAGAAAAUGGACCUGCUUCGUAAGGCAUAUCAAAGAGCCAUUUGUGUUCCUACGCAGGCUGUCAAUACCCUCUGGAAAGAAUACGACCAAUUCGAGAUGGGAUUGAACAAGCUUACGGGUCGUAAAUUCCUCCAAGAACAAUCGCCAGCGUAUAUGACCGCCAGAAGCUCUUACACGGAGCUGCAGAAUAUCACUCGGGACUUGGUGCGCACGACACUCCCGCGAUUGCCUCCUGUCCCAGGCACCGAAGGAGAUGUCGAAUUCGCACAACAGGUCGAUAUCUGGAAGCGUUGGAUCAAAUGGGAACAGGAUGAUCCGCUUGUUCUGAAAGACGAUGACCCUGCUGCAUUCAAGAACCGUGUGGUAUAUGUUUACAAACAAGCACUCAUGGCUCUCCGUUUCUUGCCGGAGAUGUGGUUUGAAGCAGCCGAGUUUUGUUUCCUGAAUGGUAUGGAUACUGAAGGGAACGAUUUCUUAAAACAAGGCAUGGAAGCCAAUCCGGAAAGCUGCCUGCUCGCCUUCAAGCGUGCCGACCGACUGGAGAUUACUUCGGAUUCCGAGCAUGAUCCCAUCAAGCGAGGUAUCAAGGUCAGAGAGCCAUAUGACCAGGUCCUGGAUGCGCUCUACGACUUGAUCGCAAAAGCUCGCACUCGCGAAGCCCUAGACGUUGAGCGCAUGGAGAAGAUGUUUGCGGAAUCCUACCCUGAAAAGCAGCCAUCGAAGGUCGAAGAUGAUGACGAUGAUCAAAGCGAUGCGAAAGCAAGGGAAUCAAUGAAGAACGCCCAAAUUGGAGCCGUCAAAAAUGCCCAUGCUGUUCAGAUUGGCAUUCUUUCCAGGACCAUAUCUUUCGCGUGGAUUGCUCUUAUGCGUGCGAUGCGCCGUGUUCAAGGCAAGGGCAAACCGGGAGAGGCGCCUGGAUCAAGACAGAUCUUUGCAGAUGCUCGCAAGAGGGGCCGCAUUACCAGUGAUGUUUAUAUUGCCAGUGCUCUCAUUGAGUACCAUUGCUACAAGGAUCCUGCCGCUACCAAGAUUUUCGAGCGAGGUGCAAAGCUAUUCCCCGAGGAUGAGAACUUCGCCCUCGAAUAUCUCAAGCAUUUGAUUGAUAUCAACGACGUCAUUAAUGCGAGAGCAGUGUUUGAAAUGACAGUGCGGAAAUUGGCAUCGAAUCCCGACAAUGUCCACAAGACGAAACCUAUAUUUUCGUUCCUUCAUGAGUACGAAUCCCGUUACGGUGAUCUCAUCCAAGUGAUCAAUCUUGAGAACCGAAUGCGCGAACUAUUCCCUGAGGAUCCGACCUUAGAACAAUUUGCCCACCGUUAUUCUGCCCCGUCGUUCGAUCCCACUGCUGUGCGACCUAUAAUCUCCCCAUCUCAGGCUCGUCCCAAGGCAGUGUACCCUGCUGCAGAACCAUCAACGUCUCGCCAAGGCACUCCUCCGAGGUAUACGGAAGCACCUGUGACAAACUCUCCAAAGAGGCCACUAGAAGAUUUGGACGACGACUUAGGUCGGCCACGCAAGUUCAUCCGGGCGGAUUCGCCGCUCAAGGCUGUUCAAGGACGGCGGUUAGACCAACAAAAACGUCCUCAGCAAGUGAAUGGUAGUCUUGGAUCCCAGUUCAGGUCCCAAGGAUCACCUGCACCACUUCCCCGGGAGAUAGUCAAUCUUCUCAGUGUCAUUCCCCCAGCAUCUACUUAUAAUGCCGGCCGUUUCUCACCGGAGAGAUUAGUUGAGCUUUUCCGCAGGAUUGAUAUACCGAGUUCCAUUGGCCAAGUUCCCCUGCCAGGCCGGGGUCUGGGAGGUGGACAAACUCCCGUUGGGAUACAAUCGUUUGCUGGUAUAUUCCGUCCGUGA